UCUCUUUCUCUUUUCAUUUAUUCAAGGUUAUCUCGCUGAUAUUUUGUUUUGGGGUGAUUGUGACAUAGCAAUAAUUAUGUCAUGGAUCAAAGAAGGAGAGCUGUCACUUUGGGAACGGUUCUGUGCCAAUAUCAUAAAGGCUGGCCCAGUGCCCAAACAUAUUGCAUUCAUAAUGGAUGGAAACCGUCGCUAUGCCAAGAAGUGCCAGGUGGAGCGGCAGGAGGGCCACUCACAGGGCUUCAACAAGCUUGCUGAGACUCUUCGCUGGUGUUUGAACCUGGGCGUCCUAGAAGUGACCGUCUAUGCAUUCAGCAUCGAGAACUUCAAGCGUUCCAAGAGCGAGGUGGAUGGUCUACUGGACCUAGCCCGACAGAAGUUCAGCUGCUUGAUGGAGGAACAGGAGAAGCUGCAGAAGCAUGGGGUGUGCAUCCGUGUCUUGGGUGAUUUGCAUCUGUUGCCCUUGGACCUCCAGAAGAAGAUUGCGCAAGCUGUCCAGGCUACUAAGAGCUACAGCAAGUGUUUCCUCAAUGUCUGCUUCGCAUACACAUCCCGUCAUGAGAUCACCAAUGCUGUGAGAGAGAUGGCCUGGGGAGUGGAGCAAGGUCUGCUGGAACCCAGUGACGUGUCUGAGUCUCUGCUCGAUAAGUGCCUCUAUAGCAACCACUCUCCUCAUCCCGACAUCCUGAUUCGGACCUCUGGAGAAGUGCGGCUGAGUGACUUCUUGCUCUGGCAGACCUCCCACUCCUGCCUAGUGUUCCAGCCUGUUCUGUGGCCAGAGUACACGUUUUGGAACCUCUGUGAGGCAAUCCUGCAGUUUCAGAAGAACCACAGUGCACUUCAGCAGAAGGCCCGAGACAUGUAUGCUGAGGAGCGGAAGAGGCACCAGCUGGAGAGGGACCAGGCCGCAGUGACAGAGCAGCUGCUUCGAGAGGGGCUCCAGGCCAGUGGGGAUGCCCAGCUCCGACGGACACGCUUGCACAAACUCCGUGCCAGACGAGAAGAGCGAGUCCAAGGCUUCCUGCAGGCCUUGGAACUUAAACGGGCUGACUGGCUGGCACUUUUGGGCACUGCAUCUGCCUAAGUGAGGCUGGCUACCAGCCACUUUGCCCUACCCUCUGCCCAUCAACUCCCUUUUCUUGAUGAAAGGCACCUCCCCUUUUUUCUCUGCUUUGCAGGGAACCCCAAAGGCAAGUUUGGGCUACCUAAGACAAUGACCCCUGGAGUUUGAGGGAGAGUCUCCCAUGUGCACACUGAGACCAGUCCAGUCACCAAUACAUCUGGAGAGCAGGACCCUAGCUCAUCAGUUAUAUGUCCUGUCCAUGGUUUUGGAUGCAUGGUCUUUUUUCCUCCAGCAUAUUCGUCAACAUGCAGAAGAAGCCUAGGCCUUUACCGUCAUGCCUAAGCCUGCCCAUGGGACUUUCACAAAAGACUUGGAUCCACUGGUAAAUUUUAACUGAUAGGCAGCCAGUGUUAUUGGGCAGGGAAGAGGGGUGGGGAGGACAGGAAGAAAAUUUGCCCAUCUGCUGCCCCUCCCCUUGGCUCUCCACCUGGGAUUUGCUAUUGAAUCUCCACCCCCUCCCACCACCAGCACUGACUGCUCACUGAAAGGCUCAGCGCCCCCAAUGGCUCAUGGAAGCCAGGCGGGUGAUUACAAUCCAAUUACCUAUUGUUGACUCAGCCCACGCAAGC